UUCAUGGACCUCCUAGGAGAAGACAGAAAUUGGAUGAUAGGGAGGAAGCUGAUGCAGGUGAACGACACUCUGACUUUUGAAGAUGCAGGACUUCGGGCCAGCAAGAACUGCACUGAGCCAGCCCUGCACGAGUUCCCCAGGGACAUCUUCAGCAAUGAAGACAGAAGACAAGGGGCCGUGGUCCUCCAUGUGCUUUGUGCCAUGUACAUGUUCUACGCGCUGGCUAUCGUGUGUGACGACUUCUUUGUGCCCUCCUUGGAGAAGAUCUGUGAGCGCCUACACCUCAGUGAAGAUGUGGCUGGGGCUACUUUCAUGGCGGCGGGCAGUUCAGCCCCAGAGCUGUUCACAUCUGUCAUAGGAGUCUUCAUCACAAAGGGUGAUGUGGGUGUUGGAACCAUCGUGGGUUCAGCCGUGUUCAAUAUCCUCUGCAUCAUCGGUGUCUGUGGACUCUUCGCAGGGCAGGUAGUGGCUCUUUCUUCCUGGUGCCUGCUAAGAGAUUCCAUUUACUACACACUGUCGGUGGUGGCACUCAUUGUGUUCAUUUAUGAUGAAAAAGUUUCCUGGUGGGAGUCUUUAGUCCUUGUCCUGAUGUAUCUUAUUUACAUUGUCAUCAUGAAGUAUAAUGCUUGCAUACAUCAGUGCUUCGAAAGGAGGACGAAAGGUGCUGGGAACAUGGUCAAUGGGUUGGCCAGCAAUGCUGAAAUUGAUGACAGCAGCAAUUGUGAUGCAACUGUGGUGCUACUAAAGAAAGCCAACUUCCACCGCAAAGCAUCGGUGAUCAUGGUGGAUGAGCUGCUGUCAGCGUACCCACACCAGCUCUCUUUCUCUGAGGCUGGCCUUCGAAUCAUGAUCACAAGUCACUUUCCACCCAAGACCCGGCUCUCCAUGGCCAGCCGCAUGUUGAUCAAUGAGAGACAAAGACUGAUAAACAGCAGGGCUUAUGCCAAUGGAGAAUCUGAAGUGGCCAUCAAAAUCCCCAUCAAGCACACUGUGGAGAAUGGGAUGGGGCCCAAUAGUGCCCCAGACAGGAGUGUGAACGGAAGCCACAGGGAUGAUGUCAUUGCUGAGGCUGGCCACGAGACAGAGAAUGAGAAUGAGGACAAUGAGAACAACGAGAAUGAUGAGGAAGAAGAGGAGGAUGAGGAGGAUGAUGAAGGGCCGUACACACCAUUCGACUUGCCCUCUGGAAAACUGGAAAGUGUGAAAUGGGCAUUCACCUGGCCCCUGAGUUUUGUCUUGUAUUUCACUGUUCCCAACUGCAACAAGCCCCGCUGGGAGAAGUGGUUCAUGGUGACAUUUGCCUCCUCUACGCUGUGGAUUGCAGCCUUCUCCUAUGUGAUGGUGUGGAUGGUCACCAUCAUUGGCUUCACUCUGGGGAUCCCUGAUGUCAUUAUGGGAAUCACCUUCCUGGCUGCUGGGACCAGCGUGCCUGACUGCAUGGCCAGCCUCAUAGUGGCCAGACAAGGCAUGGGUGACAUGGCCGUGUCCAAUUCCAUUGGGAGCAACGUGUUUGACAUCUUAAUUGGCCUCGGGCUGCCCUGGGUUCUGCAGACACUGGCAGUGGAUUAUGGAUCCUAUAUCCGCCUGAACAGCAGAGGACUCAUCUACUCAGUGGGCUUGCUCCUGGCCUCUGUUUUUGUCACGGUGUUUGGCGUUCACCUGAACAAGUGGCAGCUGGACAAGAAGCUGGGAUGUGGGUGUCUGUUCCUGUAUGCUGUGUUCCUGUGCUUCUCCAUCAUGACGGAGUUCAAUGUGUUCACCUUUGUGAACUUGCCCAUGUGCGGCAACCACUGA